AUGGAUGUUAACAACAAGAGAAAAAGCAUUUACUACUACAAGGAUCGAAGCCAAAACAGCUUCAGUGGCGGAAGUUCCAAAGAGAGCAUUUCAAGUUUGGGGAACUAUUUAAGUAAUAAUCAAGGUAGUAAAGCAGGAAAAAUAAAUUUCAUGAAAAACUAUUUUUGGUUUUUUCAAAGUAAUAAUAAUUCGAAAAGAAAUUCUCAUGAUUCCAUUUUUUAUGAAAUUAAAAGUUCGGAUGGGAAUAUAGGUAGCAGUCAUCAGGUAGAUGCAUACAGAGAAAAUGUAAUGCAAAACCCACAUGAGAGAUGUAACAGUUUUGGAGAUUCCAAUGGGGACUUACUCGGGAGAGCAAAUGAGGAAGCCAAAGGAAUGUCAUCCAGAAAAUCCUUCUAUUCGAUUUAUGAUUACACUGACGAGAGUGACUACAAUACGUUGAGGGAGAACGAUCGAGAUGACUUGUUCCACCAACAGAAGUCCCUGGAACCAGUCGCCAAUGGCAAGUACCCGAAGAGGGAGUGUGCGCGGAACUACGUGCAUAUCUACGACACAGACAGUUCGCGGAGCGAUGCAGACAGAGAUGAGAACAGUGACGAGAACAGUGAUGAGAACAGGGAUAACAGUAGCAAUGGAAACAACGAUAGUGGCCGAGGACACAGAACAUUCCCUACACAAACAGAGGGAGGGAAAACCAAACGGGGACCCAAAAGGCGGAAUAAGGAAAAAAGAGAAAAAUGGACACCCGAGAAAAAGAUUGAAGACCUAGUAAAUGGCUACAAAAUAAAAAAGGGAGAAACAAAAAUACAAUAUGUUGGAAUAUCGACCAUCCUGAGAAAAUAUAUAUACAUUACAAAGAAAGGGAAAAUGUUAUUUUUUAAAAAGAAAUUAAAUAAAAAGAAAAUCCUUUUGAGGAGCAAAAUUAAGAAAAGGUACAACCCCUGUAGGACAUUUUACUAUUUACAGAGGGAGGAAGAAAAAGCAGUUUGGAAGGGAAUGAAAAAAAUGAACAUGUGCCAUUUUUUCAGAUACUUAUACUAUUGUAUGUUAAAGAAGAAGCUGCAAACAUUUUACAGAACGAGGAAAUUGAAAAGGCUAAUUAAGUAUGUGUCCAGUCAGUCUUGGAGACGAUCUUACGUGAGUCAUUUGCAGAGGGGUCGUUCCAACGAUGAGCUAAAGGAUGAUGCUCAUGUAGAUGCUCAUGUAGAUGCUGAUGCAGAUGCAGGCGUGAAUGUGGGGGAGGACACUUCUAACCACUUUACGACAGCUCCUUCCCAUAGCGACACCAACAAAGCGGAAGGAUUUGUGUCUGUGCACAGCUUUCCCAAGAGCUCCCAUCAAGAUGAGCAAGGUUCCUCUAUACACGAACUGAGCAGCGGAAGAAGCAGUGCAAACUCGAAGGAGGAGCAAUUGAAAUACAAAAAGAAAGACACCGCUUAUGCAGAGGACGAGAACUACUUUGAUGUGUGCAUAGAGAAACGUGUGGAGAAAGGAAUAGGGUACUACAAAAAGGAAAUGGAAAAAAAUGCUUACGAUGUAGUUAACAAAGAGAACCAUACCAGUGAUCAUCUUAAAAAUGGAAUAAACAACAUGCCAACGUACGACUACUAUAGGAAUGGGGAAGACGAAUUUUCCAUCUGUACCAACUGCAAAGAUGUAUACAUUGAUUACGUAAAAAAUCAGAAAGAGGAAAAGGGGAGAAAUAAUCACGUACUGUCGGAGGAUAUAAUAAACUUAAAAGAAAUUGUCUUAUCGAAAAAGGGAGAACACAUUCCUCAUGUUCAGCCACAGGACAUGAACGAUGUGAAUGAUUUAGCCAAAUGUAAAAGUAACCACAGUGAUGUCGAACGGAGUUCAUACAGCAGUGAUUGUCAACAAGAGAGCUUCAAAAUGGAUUCCAAUGUAGACAGGGAGGUGGACUCCCCAGGAAAAAUGAAUCCAUCUGCUGAUAGCCAAUAUCUCGGUAGCCAAAUUUUUGGAGGCACCUCCAAUGAGAGUAAUGAGAAGAUAAGUUUUAGCUCCGAUGGUGGAGUGUGCGCUGCGAAGGCUGGCAGUGCGGCAAUAGAUGACAUUGUUGAAAGUUCCUGUGGGUUCAACGAAGAGGGAAGUAGUGUGAACAGGAUAGAAAGUAAGGAAAUGAGUAGUAUGUUCAACGAGGAGGGAAGUAGUGUGAACAGGAUAGAAAGUAAGGAAAUGAGUAGUAUGUUCAACGAGGAGGGAAGUAGUGUGAACAGGAUAGAAAGUAAGGAAAUGAGUAGUAUGUUCAACGAGGAGGGAAGUAGUGUGAACAGGAUAGAAAGUAAGGAAAUGAGUAGUAUGUUCAGCGAGGACGAAAAUAUUGUUAAGUUUCAAGGUAGUAGUAAGAGUUGCAGUAAAUUAAGUGAGGAUGAUGCAGUAGCAAACAUAGAGGAAAGGAAAGGAAGUUACAGUGGUCGUAGUGAAGAGGCAGACAUUUCGAGAAAAAAUACACAAAGCGAAGGUUGCAGGGAGUUGUACAAGGGGGACGACGCAAGCGCAAGUAGCAGGAGCAGAAAAAGUGAGGAAAGCUAUGAUGUGAGUUUAGCGUAUAUCAAAUCCUCCUUUAUGGAGGAAAUCCAAGGAGAGAGGAUGGAUGACACGGAUGAUAAUCAGGAAGGUAAAGAGGGAUGCAUAAACGAAGCAGCUAGCCAAGAAGACGGUAGCGUGGAAUCCAGUUAUAACCUAAGCGUAUGCCAAAUUCGAUCACAGACAAACAGCCAAAAUGACACAGAGGAAGAUGAACCAAGUGACGCUUGCAUGAGCGCAGAAGUGUGCGACCAACGUGAAGACAAAGAAAAGGAAUCCAAAUCAGGCAAUACAAUUAACGAGGAAUGUUUUAUUUGCACGAAAAAUUUAGGGAGAGAGGAAAAUGUGCACUUGGGAAAUAGCCAUCUCCACGUGGAGAAAGAGUUGCAAAAUAAGGGGUGUGACUCACUUGAAGAGGAGUCGGAAGACGAGGACGAAGAGGAAGAAGAAGAAGAAGAAAAAGAGGAAGGAAUGAAAAAAAAAGAAGUAGAAUUAGACGAAGGUGAAAGUGAAGAGGAGGAUAAAGUGAUGGACGAAGGUGAAAGUGAAGAGGAGGAAAAAGUGAUGGUCGAAGGUGAAAGUGAAGUGGAGAAAAAAGUGAUGGACGAUGGUGAAAGUGGGGAGGAGGAUGAAGUGAUGGACGAUGGUGAAAGUGAAGAGGAGGAUAAAGUGAUGGACGAAGGUGAAAGUGAGGAGGAGGAAAAAGUGAUAGACGAAGGUGAAAGUGAAGAGGAAGAUAAAGUGAUGGACGAAGGUGAAAGUGAAGAGGAAGAUAAAGUGAUGGACGAAGGUGAAAGUGAAGAGGAAGAUAAAGUGAUGGACGAUGGUGAAAGUGAAGAGGAGGAUAAAGUGAUGGACGAUGGUGAAAGUGAAGAGGAGGAUAAAGUGAUAGACAAAGGUGAAAGUGAAGAGGAGGAUAAAGUGAUGGUCGAAGGUGAAAGUGAAGAGGAAGAUAAAGUGAUGGUCGAAGGUGAAAGUGAAGAGGAGUCGGAAGACGAGGAGGAAGAAGAAGAAUCAGAAGAACAGGAGGAUGAAGAGGUGAUUGAUACCUCAUCUGAAAAUGAGGAAGAGUUGGACAAAGAAGGCGGAAGAAUCAAAGUGGAAGAAAAGGACGAAAAAGAAGAAGAAGAACAAGAAAAAGAGGAAGGAAUGGAGGAAAAAGAAGAAGUUAUAGAUGAGGAUGAAGAGGGAGAAGAUGAGGACGAUGAGGAGGAGUUGACGGAAGCAGAAUGUGAAGAAAGCGUGGUAGACGCGGAGGAGAAAGAAGAAAUAAAGGAUGAAGUAGAAGAAGAAAUAGAAGUAGAAGAAGAAGUAAAAGUAGAAGAAGAAGUAGAAGUAGAAGAAGAAGAAGAAGUAGAAGAAGAAGAAGAAGAAGAAGAAGAAAGCGAAGAGGGGGUCGAGGAUGACGUGGAAGAAGAGGACGAUGUGUACGACGAAGGUGAAAGUGAAGAAGGGUUGGAAGACAGUGAAGGGGGGGGCGAAGAGUAUGAUGAGGAAGUAAACGAAGAAGUAGAUGUAGAAGCCAAAGAGACCAUGGAAGUAGAACCGCGUGAUAUGCGAAGAGUUGUAAAUUCCGAGGAAGAAAUUCAAAACACUAUGGAAAUGGAAAUAAGAAAAAGUAUCGAAGAGAUAUUCAGGACGGUUAUGGACAAUGAUAUUCUCACGGUAGGUUCGGAGAUUAAAACGCUUGAUGCGUUCUGGGAUGCAGAGGAAAAACAGAAGGGAACAGUAGGAGAUGAGGAGGACAGCCUUAAAGGGGAGGUGGCUGAGGAGGUGAGUGGAAAGUCAGAUGAUCAUCAAAGGGAAGCGGAAAAUGAGGAGCAUGGAGAGUCGACUAAAAUGGAAAAUGAGGAAAAGGAAAAGGACUUACCUGAUCAGGAGGAAAUUGACCAAAUGGAAGAGGCCUUACAGAGGGAAGAGGUGUACGAGCAAAGCGAAGCACUCUAUGACAACUGCAACGAGGAGGUAGGUGAUAUGGUAAAUGAGAUGGAAGUGGAAGAAACAGUAAUGGAUGAUGUAGUAGUAGACGACGACCCAGUAGAAGAGGAACAACCCGAAGAACGCGGAGAUAAAGUCUUGAUGAGAAAAAAUGCCUUCUCCUUCAACACAUACAAGAGCAGAAAAUUCAGCCAUGAGUUCAGCAUAGAAUCACUUAGCAACUUCUUCCGUUCGUUCGAGAGUGUGAAUAGUGAAUACACAGAUACUAGCAGAGAGUGUGAAGAAACAGAAAGGGAAAAUCAACAGGAGAAAGGAAAACAACAACGGAAAGGAAAACAAAAGGGAGCGAAAGAAGAGACUCAAAAAAAGGAAGUAGAAGGAACCUUCAAACGGAAUCAAAAACAUAUGAACGCACAAAGCAUACAAAACGAAUCAGACGCAGAAGAAAAAUUUAAACUGAAUGUGCAGACAUCGGUAGAGGUACACAAACUGUACUCACAUCUACAAAACCAUAUCCUCAGGAAUUUUAAAAGGGGGUAUCUGAAGAAAAUGAUAAAAAUGUUUAAGAAAAAUUACAAUAAAAUGGAAAAGGACAUUUCGGACAACGUCAAAAGGAUCGUGCAUAAAUUUAGCAGUAGAGAUGAAUCCCUCGAUGGAGUAAUUCAGUUUGGCUCUAAGGUGAAGAGUUUGCGGAGGAAGCGUCGAAAGAAGGCUCAAAUGAAGGCUAUCAACAAGAAUCCCCUAAGGAAUGUACGCACCGAUGGCGAGUUGGCGAAAAGGGGCAGAGACAUUGGAGUGAAGGAAGAAACAGCGUUGUACGUUGAAGGUUUUGUCGGUAAUUCUCCUAGCUUCUCCAUCAUCACGGAUAAAGGUGUUGAUAUUGGGGAGAAAAAGACGGAUAGUCACAUACAUCAUGUAGUUUUAAAUGAGUCCAAUCGAAUUGACACUUCAAGGAGAGAAGUGCUUAAGAGCGACGAGACGCUAGUUGGAACCCUCAAACAGGACAUCCGCGAUAGUCAAGAUAACUCGCGCCUAAUAUAUUGUAAGGAAAAACAGGAGUAUCAGCAAACACAGCAGAAUGUGCAACAAAUUGUGCAAACUCCUGGGGGGAGUGGAAACAAUUGCCUAUCGCUCAAAAGGAGAAACGAAUCAUUGGAACGGAAAGAACAUCCAAGGUCCGUACAAGGCGAGAGCAACAAUUUUCAGUUGGACGUUUCGACAACCAAUGGUUCCAUGGAUCGGGCUCAGAAAUAUUUCCUGCAAAAAUUAAAAUGCGAAAAAAUAUGUCUAGUAACAAACAAAUUAGGAAGCAAGAGUCAAUUAUUUAAUCGGAUAAAUAACAUGACAAAAAAAUGCAUCGCAAAUGUCUUCAUUCAGAGGAUGAAAAGCAUCCAUACGGGUCAAACAGUAUCCUCCGGUAGCACAGGGGAAAAGAAAAUACGCAUAAGAAGCAUCCCCCUCAGUGAGAUCAAUUUAGGUUCAAAACAUAAAAUGCUACUUCUUCACGAAAAUUUGAACCGAAAAAACUUACAUCAGUUAGAUAAGGCAGAGGAGAACAAGCAACAUAAUUAUUCACUUGAGAGGCAUGAAGCAGGACCAAAAAAAGGGGGGCAUCACACACAAUUAAGAAUGAAUAAAAGAUUGGAGGAACGCCAUUCCUUUAACAAUUACAAUGAGAUGAAAAUUGACUCGCGUCAGCAGAAAAUGAAUCGGAUGAAUUUGCUAAAUUACGUGAAGAAUAAGUUAAGCAAAUCGAAAAGGAAUGAAAAAUGUGUGAAUGCCAAACAGGUGAUGAAAUAUUACCGCCCAUGUGGAGAAGGUACAGUAACAAAUGUGUAUUUUCCAGGAGGGCAACCUAAUAGAGGCAAUAUCCUUACUCAUCGCCGAAUUAGCAACAUACGGGGUGUUAAACAUCAGUAUUGUCUCCAACAUGCGGACUCAUACCAGAAGAACGAAGGAACUUAUGAAAAACAAGUAAAUGGAAAAUUAGUCCAAUUGCAUUUCCCACAAUCUGGAAGUAGUAACAGGAGUAAGGUACCGAACAACUUGUGUAUUAUCCCCAGUGCCAUUUUAAAAGGCAAUCAUACAAACGUAUCAUACAUCGUGAAGAAAUCUUCUAAUGAGGAACUCGUCCCCUAUAUAGUGAAUCAGCAGAAUGGACAACAGGUACAUGCACCACUGUGGGACUACUACUUGGCUUUCCUGCAGAACAGGUUCCAAUGCAAAGCUGCAAGUGGGAAAUCGUCAAACGGAAAGAUCAAAAUGUGCGUCAAUAAAAAUAAUCUCACGAUUAACAAGUAUAGGAAGUUCAAUCGGAGAGAUAAAUUCGGUGCGCUUAGGGAGAACCAUGUACUAUCCGGGGGAAACAUGAGGGGGGAGAACAACACUGGGGCUACUAACCAAUGCGGCAGAACUACCAACCACCACACAGGGAAAAUACAUCCAUCCACGCCUUAUUCUUAUAUAAAAGGCGCGCGCAACGCGGCGAAGUUUCAUUGCGAACAUAUCCAGGGGUCAAACAAUUUGAAGACCAGUAUUGGGGUAACAAAUUUCCUCGGCUACACUGAUGUGAAGCACCAAAUGGGUCGUAACGCAGGUGGGGCAAAUGGUGUGGUCCUGAUGGAUUAUGAGAAUAGCUCUCCAGGAGGGAACGGUGCGAGAAGUUCAAGUCAGGAAAGCCAGAUGCGCCGAUUAUACCAAGUGAGCCAAACCUCCAUAUCUGGUCUGCCAACCAGACAGGUAUCACUCCCUCCCGAGCGGAGUCUCCCCACAUGGAACUUCUCCACGCAGCCGCAGCUGUACAAAGACAUGAUGCUCAAAUCGCAGAAAAAAAAAAACAACCUCUUCACCGUAAAUCACAACAUAAUGAUGAAGACGGGCCACCAGUAUGAUGACCAGAGGGAGAGAAAAAUAUGCUGCAACAUGGUCAAAGGAAUUUCAUCUACAAACACUUGGAAUACAGAAGAAUCCGACUCCAAGAAUUGCAUUUUAAAAAAUAUAUGUAGUGCAUAUGACUACUUCAGAAACGCAAAUGAUGUACGGACAGAGCAAAAAGGCGUUACAAAAAAUUCCGUUAAGGUUAAUUCACACAAUACACAUAAAUAUCAUGUGAAGGUAAAAAAAAUAUGCUCUAGCCAGAGAGAUCAAGAAGAACAAAUGUGGGGAAAUGAGGGCACCUUUAAAAAUUUCCUCUUCUGUAAUGCGCAUGAUACGAAUUUUAAAAAAAUGGCGCUUAAAAAUAGGAACAUUGAAAGCUUCCAUAUUUGCUCCAUGAACUCCUGGGAUGAUGAAGAAUUCGAAAAUGUGAAAUAUCCCCAUCAGAUGGAAAACCUUUGCAUAUUCCGGGAUUUCUGA